AUGGGUUACGAAGAUGCAGUCUACCUAGCUAAGCUUGCUGAGCAAGCCGAGCGCUAUGAGGAAAUGGUCGAGAACAUGAAGACCGUCGCCUCGGCAGACCAAGAGCUCUCCGUCGAGGAGCGAAACCUACUAUCCGUCGCCUACAAGAAUGUCAUCGGUGCCCGCCGUGCGUCGUGGAGAAUCGUCACCUCAAUCGAGCAGAAAGAGGAGUCCAAGGGCAACGAGGCUCAGGUCGGUCUGAUCAAGGAAUACCGGCAGAAGAUUGAGGCCGAGCUUGCCAAGAUCUGCGAGGACAUCCUGGAGGUUUUGGACAAGCACCUUAUCCCAUCUGCCCAGAGCGGCGAAUCCAAGGUGUUCUACCACAAGAUGAAGGGUGACUACCACCGCUACCUCGCCGAGUUCGCCAUCGGCGAUAAGCGCAAGACUUCCGCCGACAAGUCACUGGAGGCCUACAAGGCUGCCACCGAGGUUGCACAGACUGAUCUCGCCCCGACGCACCCGAUCCGCCUUGGUCUCGCCUUGAACUUUUCCGUCUUCUACUACGAGAUCCUGAACUCGCCAGACCAGGCCUGCCACCUCGCCAAGCAAGCGUUCGACGAUGCCAUCGCCGAACUUGACACCCUAAGUGAGGAGAGCUACAAGGACUCCACCCUCAUCAUGCAGCUCCUCCGGGACAACCUCACACUCUGGACCUCUUCCGAAGCCGAGCCAGCAGCCGAGUCCAGCGCCGAGCCCGCCGGCGAAUCCAAGGAGGCGCCUGCCGCCGAGGAGUCCAAGCCUUCCGAGUAG